GGUUGUAAAUACAAACAUAUCUCAUCAUCACACAACAAGCUAAGUGUGAAGAGAAGGAAGAACAAUUCCAACUCCAUAACCUCUCAAACUCUCUUAUAUAUCUCUCCACGUUUCUCCCUCUGCACGGAAGAUCAAAAUGAUGGCUGCUCCUCUGUCUUCUUGGCCAUGGGCCAACUUGGGACUCUACAAGUAUCUGUUAUGUGCGCCACUGGUAGCCAAGGCCAUCAGUGACUGGAACAGCCAUGGAGGAGGAGUAGGAUGGUCUGGUCACCUUCUUAUCCUCUUCAUCCUGAGAGGCAUCAUCUUCCAGCUCUCGCACACCUUCUCCAACAUGCUUUACUACACGAGAAGACGGAGGGUCAUCCCCCAUGGCCUGGAUUUCCACCAGAUUGACCAAGAGUGGGACUGGGAUAAUUUUCUGAUAUUGCAAGCUCUGGUUGCAUCCUUGGUGGUGUGGCAAGUAGAACCAGCGUUGGACGGGGUGCCUGUGGUGCAGAUCAAGGGAUGGCUGAUGUCUUUGUUGCUGCAUGUGGUGGUCUCUGAGCCUCUGUUCUACUUGCUUCACAGGAGCUAUCACAGAGAAUACAUCUUCUCUCACUACCAUUCAAUUCACCAUUCAUCAUUGGUACCCCAGCCUAUGACGGCCGCGUUUGGGACGCCACUGGAGAACCUGGCGAUGACGGCUGUGAUGGCGCUGCCGCUGCUUGGAUCCUUCGCCGUCGGCUAUGGCUCUGUGGGUCUCGUGUACGCCUACGUGCUCGCCUUCGAUUUAUUGAGGUGUUUGGGUUACAGCAACGUGGAGGUGUUCCCCGCACGCAUCUUCCACUCACUGCCCUUCUUACGUUACCUCAUCUACACUCCCACGUAUUUAAGCAUUCACCACAAGGAAAAGGAUUGCAACUUUUGCCUUUUCAUGCCCCUCUUUGAUUUGCUGGGGAAGACGAUGAAUAAGAAGUCAUGGGACUUGCAGGAGGAGAUAAGCUCAGGGAAGAAUGAUCGGGUUCCAGACUUUGUCUUCUUGGCGCACGUUGUGGAUGUGAUCUCGUCCAUGCACGUACCCUUCGUGCUUCGCUCACUCUCUUCGAAGCCAUUUGUGGCUAAUCCCUUGUUGUUGAUAUGUUGGCCGUUAGCCUUCGUGUUCAUGCUCUUGAUGUGGGUGUUCUCCAAGAGUUUCACCCUCUCUUUCUACUACUUGAGAGGCCGCUUGCAUCAGACCUGGGUCGUCCCGAGAUAUGGCUUUCAGUAUUUUUUGCCCUUUGCGAGAGAAGGCAUCAAUAAGCAGAUUGAGAUGGCGAUACUGAGAGCUGAUAAGUUGGGAGUUAAAGUCCUUAGCCUUGCAGCAUUGAAUAAGAACGAAUCGCUCAAUGGCGGUGGGACGCUAUUCGUGAGCAAACACCCAGAUUUAAAAGUUCGAGUCGUCCAUGGCAACACCUUGACGGCGGCCGUCAUCCUGAAUGAGAUCCCGAGGGAUAUUGUAAAGGAGGUCUUCUUGACUGGAGCCACGUCCAAGCUUGGGAGGGCAAUCGCGCUCUACCUUUGCAGAAAAAAUAUACGAGUGCUAAUGUUGACUUUGUCGACCGAAAGAUUUCUAAAGAUCCAGAAGGAGGCCCCGGCAGAGUACCAACAGAAUCUGGUUCAAGUGACCAAGUAUCAAGCAGCAAAAAAUUGCAAGACUUGGCUAGUUGGGAAGUGGCUCUCACCCAGGGAACAGAGAUGGGCGCCGACAGGCACACACUUCCACCAAUUCGUGGUGCCUCCCGUCAUCCGCUUCCGAAGGGACUGUACCUAUGGAAACUUGGCCGCCAUGAAACUCCCCAAGGACGUUCAAGGACUAGGAUCAUGUGAGUACACGAUGGAGCGAGGUGUGGUGCAUGCUUGCCAUGCCGGAGGAGUUGUUCACUGCUUGGAAGGUUGGACGCAUCAUGAGGUUGGCGCUAUUGAUGUGGAACGCAUUGACGUGGUGUGGAGAGCUGCAUUGAAGCAUGGGCUGACACCCGCUUGAAGAUUUCCAUUGUAAUUUAUGUUCACAACUUAAGUAGCAUUCUAGACUUAUAAAAUCAUCACAAGUCACACAUAAUUAAUGCUUUUAUCUGAAAAAUUCGAAACUAGAUAGCUCUCGCCAUCAAAAGUGUACACACUGUAGUUGUUCAUCCUUAGUGACUCGUUCGUAUGUUAGGGAUCAAGAGAUUGUAAUAAAUCAUUAGUGAAAGAAAGAGUAUGUGAACAGACGACUAUAUAUUCAUGAAAUUAAAUUAUGGAA